AUGGAAGUUGGCGAGCCCUUGGUUAGAACUCCCAUACCUUGGUUUAGUGAGGUACCCAAGAACUAUGAAGUUGAUCAGUAUUGGGCCGAAUCGGGUAGCCACACAUCGUUUGUUCCCGUGGGAGAAUUUCAGAAGGGAAUGUAUUUUGAAAGCAAGAAAAUGCUUCAAGAAAUGGUGAAGAUGUAUUCUAUACAGAGGAAUCAAUUCUACACCAUAGUGACCUCGAAUGAUGGUGUCCUACAUCUGCGAUGCAAGCAGAAAUGUGGUUGGAUGCUACGGGGUUUCAAAUCCAGUGAGCACUCGCGUGGUUUUACCAUAGUCACGUACAAAGGGCCGCACCGGGAGACAUGUGUCACUGAAGUACUAUAUACUGAUCACCCAUACUUGGAUUCGUCCAUAAUAGCAGAGUAUGUGGAGUCCUUUGUGCGGAAAGAUCUGUCCUUGAAAGUUGAAUUCAUACAGGAACUCAUCUCCAAGCAAUUUCAUUUUGAUGUCCCGUAUCGACGAGCGUGGUAUGCUAAGGAGAAAGCUAUAGCUGAAAUAUUUGGGGAUUGGGAGAGUUCUUAUGGCAGACUUCCGCACUUCAUGCAAGCACUCCUACGGUCAAACCCGGGUACAUGUGUCGUAUGGAAACACAAAGCUUUAGUGGACGGUGUAUACUACAACAACGUGGAAGUGUUUGAACGAGUGUUUUGGGCCUUCGGUCCUUGUAUCGACGACUUUAAACAUUGUAUGCCUGUUAUCUGUAUCGAUGGGAUGCACUUGUACGGGAAGUAUAAAGGAACACUGUUGGUUGCUACAAGUGUUGAUGCAAGCUUCCAAGUAUUUCCUCUAGCAUUUACGGUGGUUGAAGGGGAAAACACAUCCAGCUGGUCUUGGUUCCUGGGUUGUAUUCGGGAUCGUGUCACGCAACGGGAUGGCCUCUGUGUUAUAUCUGAUCGACAUCCUGGGAUCAUUGCAGCAAUGAAUGAUCCAAAUGUAGGAUUCACCCAGCCGCGAGCCUAUCACAGGUUUUGUGUCCGCCACAUAGCAUCCAUUUUGAAGACUCACGUGCGAAGUAACGACAUAAGAGAUAUGUUCAAGGCUGCGGCGUACCAAAGGCAAGAGAGAAAAUUUCAAGCUGAUUUGUGUUUCAUUGGUGAGGCAUGUACCAAGACCAUGGAGUACAUUGCUGAAGUCCUGUUCAGUAUGUGGUCUCUCUUUCACGACAAUGGUCGUAUAUAUGGGAUAUGUACUACAAACUUCUCGGAAACAUUUAACAAUGUGUUGAAGGGAGCUCGGUUUCUACCGAUCAUGUCCCUUGUUGAGUUAACCUUCCACAGGGCUGGUGGUGGAGCUGGUUGUAGUGUUGUUGGGGGUGGUUGGAGAGUUUUGAAGUGCAUAAGGGUGGUCAAAAGUGGUGGGAGGUGGUGGUCGACGGUAGGGGUUGGUGGUGGGGGUGGUGGUUGA